AUGAUAGAUUUUGAAAAGCAGACAGUUGAAAAAAUAAUAGGCACUGAGCAAAGUGCUAGGAAUUCAGAGAAUUAUAAGCAGAGUAUAACAACUAAUGAUGAAUCUGUAAAGUCUCCCAUUUAAAAAAUUCGGAAAUUAAAACUCAAUACGAGUCUUAAAAGGGAAUCGAACGACACAAGCAGUUUUAUUGAUAAUUUGGUGAUUUUUCCUUAAACAAAACCAGCUAAAGCAACCAAUGAAGGGCAAAGCGCAAAAGCAGACUUAUUGAGAAUAUCAAUGAAAAGAAAAUAAGCUCCUACUCAUAGAUACAGAGCAGCUCUGGGCAGGCUAAUCAAGAUAAAAAGAAGACUAGUGGAAUGA